GAUGUCACCAGUGAUAUUCGCCAUUUUCAACGGAAUAGUCAACAUAUACAGAAGCGGAGUAGGUGUGUAGACAGGGCUGAUUACAUAAAGCCCCCUCCUCCUUUUAGACGAGGAAAGGCGUUCUAUUGCUGGCUACGGUGUGAACAUGUCAUCCGAAAUUGAAGAGUCUGAGGCUCAGGUGGAGUCUGGCGAGGAGAAACAGGACUCUCAGGAAAAGGACUCCAAUCCGGUGAAGGCAGAGGAGGCUAAGCUGAAAGCCAAGUACCCCAACCUGGGACAGAAACCUGGAGGCUCCGACUUCCUGAUGAAGCGGCUUCAGAAGGGGCAGAAGUACUUUGACUCGGGGGACUACAACAUGGCUAAGGCCAAGAUGAAGAACAAGCAGCUGCCCACAGCUGGGCCGGACAAGAACCUGGUGACAGGGGACCACAUCCCCACGCCGCAGGACCUGCCCCAGAGGAAGUCGUCGCUGGUGACCAGCAAGCUGGCGGGCUAGCAGCAGCCACGUUGCGGUCUCACCGCAGCUCACGUGCCGCCCCUGCUCCCACACACCAAUCCCAGCUCCCCUCUCCUCUUCCAGUAUACCCAACCCUCCCAGUACUCCUCUGCCAGGCUCCAUGGGGCAUAACCAGUGAGGAAAGGGCUCUAGAGUUGAUUAAUUUAGUUUUUUUUUCUUUCUGUUUUCGGGAUAAGGGUGGGGCCGUCUCUCCAUGUGCACUUCUGCUUGUGGCAUGCCUCCCCCCCCCCCCCGGAAUGGAGGCAGUAGAGUCCGAAGAAUUAGCAUUAGCGUUAGCCUCAGUCAAUGCAACAGAGCCACCGGGAAAGGGGUCGAAUAAUCGUGUCAGCUAGGAUCGUCAUCUCGCUGUUCUUUAUCAUCUUGUACUUUCUGUUGGCUGAAGCGUGGAUUGAUUAAACCAAAUUUCUGAGCCUUGGUUUAGUAGCCAAAGAAGAAUGUGAGUGUAGCUUGGCACAAAUGGUGGAUUUAAAAUGAUUGGAUUUGCAGUAGCCGGUGUCAUGGUAGUGACUUAACGUCUGCUUUGUUCCGCUGCCACCGGUAAUUGGGAAUAUCAGCUUUUGACCGAAGCUUCUCUGCUCUGCUGUCUCUUAUAUGAACCCAUCUUACCUGAUGGGGGGGCAGUGAUAUCGCUCUUAAUAGUCUCCUGGCCAAACAUAAAUAUUUUCAGCAAACCACUACUAGCUUAAAAUCAAAAUCUAUAGACUUGUAUACAUAACCAGCAAGCAUCAGUACAAGCUUCUAAGUAGCGUUCAGUCCCUCUGCCUAACCUGAACCGAUCUCUUACCCACACUGGUGGCCCACCCCUCAUGUCUUGGUUCUCAGCCCAGGGCUGCUGUGUCAUAUAAGACUGUUUUGUUUUUCCUGCAGAGGGAGGUAAAGAUGCAAGACCCACCCAAUUAUUGCUUAAGCUGUUGUGACACCCCUCAGCUGUAAUUUUGACCAGGGCUGCCCACUGAUUGGUGGAUUAUCAGUAGAAAUCAACCCUAAUGGCGAUGCCACAAGACUCGACAAGGGAAAAAAAAUGCAAAGGUUUUUACAGAGUGUUUAACCCCUUUGAUCAUCCACCUCCCCCCAGUUAUUUAGAGGUGUCUUGCAUCCUUUCCUCAUGAUACCCUUUGGCAAACAGCAAGACCAUGCAGAAUGUGUUUGCUGUCCCAUAUGAAGGAGCUAAGAUGGAUCGGCCAGUAUGUUUACAGUUCACCAGCAAGCCUGUUUACAUCUGGUGCAAGAAUGUUGAGCUCUGCGUAAAUCCAGAAGUGUUGGAAGGUAGUCAUAAGUCAUCAGAAGCCACCUGCACAGUAAGAUAUCUGGUUUCUCCCCUGUUUUAAGAUGAGCCUUCAUGAUUUAGUGUGGGAUUAUGUAAAUCUGAGCAGAGAGGUUUGUCCAGUCCCCUUAUCCAUCAUAUUCAGACUUUCGUCUGUUGUUGGUCAUGGUUGUUUGAGAGCUCUAGUUUCCAUGGGGAUGUCAUGGUGCCUGGAUGCAGUGAAUCAGCCCUGGGCUGUGGAGGGGGAAGUCUCUCCAGUGGCAUUUUAAGUGUGCCAGACACAUUCCAUCUCACAGUGUCAGGAUGACAUUAAUGUUGCCCAUAACACGUGUAGGUGAAUGGAGCCCUCAUUUGAAUACAUGUUGAAUCCCUUCAAGUGUGCUUAUGUAAAAUAGUUUAUACAUUUCUUUAGUUUAUUUGUAAUAUAUUCAACUUUCUUCUGCUUCACAGUUGUCUGCUGAAUUUACUUUUGACAAAGGCCUGAUUGAUUAGGUAUUGAAUGGAGAUGAUUUGUUGGUAUUGGUGUGCUCAAUCAAUGAUUUGAUUAGGCAAGUCACAGACUAAAUUGCUGUUCAAGCUACUAACUGUUAUGCAGAGAUCAGAUUAUGUAAUUAUCCACUUGUUCAAAGGGCACAGUUAGACAAAACAUUAAAUGGUCUAAUGCAAUCAGACUUUUCCAGAAGUUUUCAAUGUUAAGAUGUGUUCAGAAAUGUUCAGAAUUUAAACCCUAAGUAAUCAAAUCUAGCUGCAACAAAAACCCUGUGAACACAGCAGGACUGAGGGUGUGAGGGAUCGGUGAUAUUUGUUGAGAACUUAUACUGACAUAGUUUUUAUUAGCACUGGAUCUGGAGGAUGUGUGUGUUUGUGUUUUCUGUGUCAUGGUACAAUGCGGGUCUGCUGAAGUCGCUCCCCCUUCAAUCCCUGGCACAGCUUUUCUAAAAGGCAGGGUCAUGAGUUUGUGGACGCUCCCUAGGUCAUACGUAUAAGCACUCCAAGGCUGAUGUGGCAUUUUUCAGACUCUAGUCUGCGCAUUUAUUGUGCAGAACGUCUUAGAUGCCAUCUCCUACUUAAACUCACACAAGACACACCAGAAUUUCCUUUCAAUGUUAGAUUUACAUGCUCUGUACCAGUUAACUGUUUCUUGAGAUCAGCUUCCCCCCCCCCACCCUAUCUGAGUUGACGAACCUUAGGUGUGAGGAUGGGGUAACGUAAGAUGAGAGAAGCUGUGAGCUCAGGGACUGACUCACUUCGCCGCGGCUGGGGGCAGUGAGGGCGGUGUUUCCGCUUCGUCGCUGCCCCUAUGCAACCGUUGCCAUGUGCUGUGAGGAAAACCCGCCUUUGUGAAUGCAUCACAGGUCUAACGUGAACUGGGAGCAGAGAUCAUCUAGUGUAGUUUGACAUAUAGGUGUGAGAAAAAGCCAUUUCGGUAUGUAUGAGGAAAGACUUCUCCACCAUAAUGCCUCAGUUUCAAACAUUAAAAUUGCAAUGGACUGUUGUAUUUUUCCUUGCCUGGCAAAUUUUUAUUAUAAUUAUUAUUAUCCUGUUCAUGAUUUAGUGCUAAGAAAAUAACCAAGGAACUAAUGAGGCAAUACUUGGCUAUUUGGUAGAAAGACCGUAGGGGGUGCUGUUCAGUUUUGAGCAUGCAUAUGUAUGUCCAAGAGUACUGUUUCUGUGUUUUUUUGGGUGAGCUUUAUUCUUUGGAAACCUGUUCAUACGAUGCCAUGUGGUUGCUUUUGCUUUACCCCACUGUAAAUAGAUUAAACUCCGUUUGUUUGUUUGUUUUUUCCUUUCUGAUUGAUCACUUUGUCCUUUCCUUUCCCAGCAGCAAAUGAAAUGUUUCAAUUUGUCUUGUAAAUCUUAUCUUUUUUUUCCUCCUCCACAAUACGUUUGCUGCAAAGAUAUUGUCUGCAGCCUUGUCGCUGCUGACCAGAUUGUUGGAGAGACUACAUGUACAAUUAGAAGUAGUGACAAGCAAGUAUGCUGCUGACUUAUGUCGACAUUGAGGGAAGUCCAGGGGUCACCUGACCAUUACCUGUCAGUCCCUCUCAGCCUGGCUUUCCAGUACAAUCAUCUAUCAGAAAACCCCAUAGAGCUGAGAGUACGAAAUGACAGGUGUGUAUUGUGCAGGAGAAUCAGGUCAAGCAGUUAAAAUCUAAGAGGAAGUUGCUGAAUAAUGACCAGAUAAGCAACACUGAAUCUUUAGUGUGGUGUCGCUAGUUUUACCGACCAACCAACACGCUGUGAUAUUCACCACGAAAAGUUAUGCUUGCCCUGUUCGUGCUACACCGUGCUUUAUUGGAAAGAGUGACGAUAGGCUCGCACUGCAGAGAAUGAUGACUUGUAGGCAUUGAUCCUACCAAUGGUGAGCUGGCACAGCAGGCAUCAGUUCCGUUGCAGUCCUGCAAGGGGCACUCUUCCUCAAGAUUUUCAAAGCUUGUAAUAAUUCAUGGAGAUCGUCCUUUAUAAAUAUCUAUGGAGCACAGUGCAAUGCAAGUGAAAGGUAUUCUACACCACUGUGUCUCUGUGUGCUAUGCUGGCUGUACACCAGAAUGUACAAAAAUUCAUUAUAAAUGCAUAACCAGAUUCUUACAUCCUCUUGCUCUACCUUUCUGGAAUUCAAUAGGUUUUAGUUAUUGUGAUGAUAAACCUGUCAUAGGUUAAAAAAAAAAAAACAUGGAACCCUGACCCAAAGAGAAUGUCAGGGAAUCCGGGAUUCAUGAUCCCAUUUAAUAGGGUUUACAUGUCAGACAUAGGUGACGAUUGUAAAGUAAAAGUAAAAAUGUACAGAAGACAUUUCAAUAGUAAGAGAGAAGUGAUGAGAGUAAUUUUUGUCAGUAUUUGAAAUAAACUUUUACAUCAAUUUAA